UCUUCCAAGCCGAGCAUUCGCUGGAGCAAGUGCCGACUUACAUAGCUGUUUCAAAUCUGCUGGUGUCUAUGGAGCAGUGAGGCAGUCUGUUUCUUAUUUGCAACACCUUGAUCCCUUCAAGCUCAUUAAAGUGCUACGGCCAAGCUCUCCUGCAUGAAGAUGGUUCACCACUCGGGUUCUAUUCAGUCAUUUAAACAGCAGAAAGGCAUGAACACUAGCAAGAGUGAGAAUGUAAAAGAACCCCCUUUGAAGCCUUCCAGAAGAUCCUUACCAUGCCUAGCCCAGAGCCAAACCCAUCCCCACAGUCUCAGCAAACACUCCUCAUUUCUUCAACCAAAUCAAGUGCAACCUCAACCUCAGCCAGUAAGUGCAGGUGCAUCAACCACCACAGUUGACGUUGUCUCAGAACGAGCUAAAGUGAUGGAAACCUUGGAAAGUAAUUUGCUAAAGUUAUCUAAUACAGAGUACAGUGACCCAUUCUUAGAUCUAGGAAGAGAGAAAGACACAUAUACAGAUGAUUCAGAACAUGGGAAUUAUGAUUCUCGUACUGAUCAAUCUCUACUUAUUAAAAAUACACCUACAAGACAGAAGCCUGAACCUCGGUCAAAGACAUCAUUGAAGAAUGAUAUGAGUGCCCUGGCAACAUCAGGUCUCUUCUUCAAGGAUGGCAAAAAGCGUAUUGAUUAUAUUUUAGUCUACAAAAAGUCCAGUCCACAAAUAGAGAAAAGAAGCACGUUUGAAAAGAAUCUUCGGGCUGAAGGACUAAUGUUAGAAAGAGAGCCAGCUGUUACAAACAAUGAUAUUAUGUUUGUUAAAAUUCACUGUCCUUGGGACACAUUGUGCAAAUAUGCUGAAAGAAUGAAUAUCAGGAUGCCUUUCAGGAAAAAAUGUUAUUACACUGACUGGAGGAGCAAAACCAUGGGCAGUUUGCAAAGGAAUAUGAGGGAAUUGAAGAGCUGGUUGCCCAGAAAUCCUAUGAAACUUGACAAAGAAGCACUUCCUGAUUUGGAAGAAACAGAUUGCUACACAGCACCCUUCAGUCGUGCACGCAUACAUCAUUUUACAAUAAACAACAAAGACAGCUUCUUCAGCAACUCCACCAGAAGUAGAAUAGUGCACCAUAUGCUGCAAAGAACAAAGUAUGAAGAUGGAAAAUCAAAAAUGGGCAUUACCAGAUUACUCAACAAUGGAACAUAUGAAGCGGCAUUUCCACCUCAUGAGGGGAGUCACAAGAGCAGACACCCCAUCAAAACUCAUGGAGCUCAAAAUCAUCGACAUCUGUUAUAUGAACGGUGGGCACGAUGGGGGAUGUGGUACAAAUAUCAGCCUCUGGAUUUGAUUAGGAGAUAUUUUGGAGAGAAAAUCGGUCUUUAUUUCGCCUGGUUGGGAUGGUAUACUGGAAUGCUUAUUCCUGCUGCUCUUGUAGGGUUGUUUGUUUUCCUGUAUGGUUUAUUUACCAUGGAUUCUAGCCAAGUUAGCAAAGAGAUCUGUGAGGCAAAUGAAACUGUCAUGUGUCCAAUGUGUGAGAAAAAUUGCACGCUGCAAAAGCUAAAUGAAAGCUGUAUCUAUGCAAAGGUUACACACUUAUUUGACAAUGGAGGGACGGUCUUCUUUGCCAUUUUUAUGGCUAUAUGGGCUACCGUGUUCUUAGAGUUUUGGAAAAGACGAAGAGCAGUACUAACCUAUGAUUGGGAUCUCAUAGACUGGGAAGAUGAAGAGGAAGAGCUUCGUCCCCAAUUUGAAGCAAAAUAUUCCGAAGUGGAGCGAGUAAAUCCUAUAACAGGAAAACCUGAACCAUUUCAACCCUUCCCUGAUAAACUUAGUCGGCUGAUGGUGUCUGUGUCAGGAAUAUUCUUCAUGAUUUCAUUAGUACUCACAGCAGUCUUUGCAGUUGUCGUCUACCGCCUGGUGGCUAUGGAGCAGUUUGCCUCUUUCCAGUGGUAUUUCAUUAAAAAGUAUUGGCAAUUUGCAACAUCUGGCACUGGAGUCUGUAUCAACUUCAUGAUCAUCAUGUCACUUAAUGUUGUGUAUGAAAAAGUUGCCUAUCUCCUAACAGAUUUAGAACAUCCUAGAACAGACUCUGAGUGGGAAAACAGUUUUGCCCUGAAAAUGUUUCUCUUCCAAUUUGUCAACUUAAACAGUUCAAUUUUCUACAUUGCUUUCUUCCUUGGAAGAUUUGCUGGACGUCCUGGAAAAUACAACAAACUUUUUAACAGAUGGAGAUUGGAAGAGUGUCAUCCUAGUGGCUGCUUGAUAGACCUCUGCUUGCAGAUGGGAGUUAUCAUGGUUUUAAAACAAAUGUGGAACAACUUUAUGGAGCUUGGCUAUCCGUUACUACAAAACUGGUGGUCACGGCGCAAGAUCAAGAAAGGAGGCCAGUUACUGGAGCAUAAAUUUUCUCUACCUCAAUGGGAAAAAGAUUGGAAUCUACAGCCCAUGAAUCUCCAUGGUCUGAUGGAUGAGUAUUUAGAGAUGGUUCUACAGUUUGGCUUUACUACUAUUUUUGUUGCUGCUUUUCCACUUGCACCUCUACUGGCAUUGCUUAACAAUAUCAUAGAAAUCAGGCUUGAUGCAUAUAAAUUUGUUACACAAUGGAGGCGGCCGAUGCCUGCAAGAGCAACAGAUAUAGGUAUUUGGUAUGGGAUCCUUGAAGGAAUAGGAGUCUUGGCUGUAAUCACCAAUGCUUUUGUUAUUGCCAUUACAUCUGACUACAUCCCACGUUUUGUAUAUGCAUAUAAAUAUGGACCCUGUGUUGAUCAAGGAUACAGACAGGAAAAAUGUUUGAGGGGAUAUGUCAAUAGCAGCUUAUCAAUAUUUGAUCUGAGUGAGCUUGGUAUGGGAUAUUCAGGAUACUGCAGGUAUAGAGAUUACAGAGCACCCCCAUGGAGUUCAAAUCCUUAUGAGUUCACCUUGCAGUUCUGGCAUGUUCUUGCUGCUCGUCUAGCUUUCAUUAUUGUAUUUGAGCACCUUGUUUUUGGAAUAAAAUCUUUCAUCGCCUACCUAAUCCCAGAUAUGCCCAAAGACUUGUGUGACAGAAUGAGAAGAGAGAAAUAUUUAGUUCAGGAAAUGAUGUAUGAGGCUGAACUGGAGCAUUUGCAGAGAGAACGGAAAAAGAAUGGGAAACAGUAUCACCACGAAUGGCCUUAAUGGAUAUGAAGCAAAAGGGAUUGCAGGACUGAGCACUCCUAGUGAAAACUGAAGGUGGGAUUUGAAAAAGUGACAAAGGAAUCCAAUCUUCUGUAUAUGCUGCUCUUGGGAAAUAUCAUUAUCAGGCUUUGCUGUCAACUGGAAAAGCUGUGUUACCAACAGACAAGGCAGAUAUGUACCAUUAAUGGUGUGUGCUAAAAAAAUGACACACUGGGGAAUGAAUUCUAGCUCAGCUGAAAUCACAGUAAGAGCUAAAUUUUCUGGACACCAAUCUAAUAAGAUGAGAAGGGCAUCCAGAACAUAACUUUUUUAAAAGAAAUGGUUAUGCAUACAACUCCUAUUACAAGAGUAUGACUUUUUUAUUUUGAAAAAAAUAUAUAUGAUGUAACACAGCUUUUACUUGCUCAAAAUAAUUCAUAUUGCCUCUGGAUAAAAAUCAAGUGAGAGUAAUUGUUGCCUUUGUGGCCAUAAAUUAAUGCUAUAUCACAGUCCUUGAGGCUUCCUGUUUUUGUCAGGUUUGUCCUGGUCUCUUGCUGAGAUUGUGGAUGUGGCUCUGCCCUUUAAAAGGGAAACCAGCCUGUUCGAUAUUUACUAUGCAGUUUGAUGUUUGCACAUUGCCUUUUGUCUCUUUGUCUUUAUAACUCAGUUAGGGGGGGAAACAGUUUCUCUCAAAUCAAAGCAAAACCAGUUUCAUAGAAAGAUCAAAUAAAGGGAUCCAGAGAUCCUGUUUAAUAUGAGUAAGCUGACUUCUGCAGGUAGAGCAACCCUUGAUCUCAUACAAGAAUCUUGUAUAGGGAAAAGUAUAGGGUACCCAGAGAAUAUCACCCCAAGGCAGGAGCAUGUUUCACAUAACCAGCUGUCCAUGCAGCUUAUGGGCUGUGCAGCAUUUGCACAAUAGGAACUGCACAAGUGGUAUAUUUUCCACCUCAGCUUACAGCCCUUUAGAUGCUGACUUUUACCAUUGCUCUGCUCUUGAUGCAGCACUCUUUGAGGGGGGAAAGAGCAAUCUGACAUUUUCCAUUGCUGUUGAUAUUCAAUGUGCAAAGAGGGGCCAUCUCUUUGCACCUCUAAGCUGAGCAGUCCUGUCCUGCAUGCUGGGGGAGCAUGCAGAAGUAUAUCUGUGUGGCUAGUAUUUCUCUCUCUGAACUACAUGGAUUUUAUGUUUCACAUACACAGAAAUAUCAAGCUGAAGUAUCUCAUUGUAUUGCAAAGAAGCAGCAAGUGUUAUUAUUUGCUUUGUGCAAGAUCCAGUUUGGGUAGAAUCUAAAAUAUGACUUGCUUGCUUGCUCAGGGUAUAGAGACAGAGAUGCAGGACUUGAUUUAAAACAGUGUCCUCCUUGUGAAAUCAAAGCAUGGAAAUGGGUUAUGUAGUGUUCAGUUAUGCCUUGUUAAAAAUUUUCUUUGAAAUCCUUCAAAAGAAAACUAUACACUCUUGUGGUGACUUUUACUUUGCUACUCACAUGCCUUUGUGGAGAACAAAAGUCCUUUAACAUCGAAAUCUACACCUCCUUCAGGCUGCGGAGACAGCAUAACCCUUUGGGGCGGAACCCUUCUGUUACUGCCAAUUUUGGGAAUGUGCUGUGAUUUUGGGAGACAACGGGGCAACUCCAGAUGAAGGUUUAAGGACCACAUGUAGGCCACAGGCUGUAUGUUGUCUACCCUGCCUUAAUGGUUUUUAUGUCAUGCUUUCUUCUAGUGAUUAGUUACUAAUUAUGAUUCUUUUUUAUUACUAUUUUUUUCAAAAUGGGGAAGAGAAGAAUAAUUAAACUUUUUAAAAGACAAGUGUGCAGGAUUCACUUGUACACAGGAGACCAAAAUGUUUCUCCUUUUUCUUUUGUAAAAAAUUCAGGUGGCAAAAUGUUUCUUAUUUAUAUCAACCAAAGUCAACUUAAAACAUUUUCCACUUGCCGAGAUUCUUAUCAUUAUAUUGAAAGAGCACAGCAAUGAUAUCAAACAUAUACAUUUACAUGGGCAUUAAGAUGAAUUCUAUAGAUUAAAAAUGUGGGUUGUGGGUAUGGUAUUAUAGCACUUACAGGGAAUAUACAGCUUAUGCUUUCAUGAAGAACUGUAAGUGAUAUAAUUAUGAUGAAUAUACCAUUAUUCUAACUCUGUGGAAAUUUUCUUAUUGUAUUUAUAUCAUAUAAUUAUUUUAAAUAAUGACAGUCUAUAUUCCAACAUUAUAUGGAUAGAUACUCACAUCCAAUGGUUGUUUCUGCAAAUGGAAGCUGCUCUGUACUACCCCAUGUCCCUUCUUCGUGGUUUCCCCAUACAUUUUGCUCAGGGGAGAAACAUGGGGCACAUACACAGGUCCACUUCAGUGCUGAUGCCCUCAACUGAAAUGAAUAGAAGACCCUACUUACACAGAAAACCUCUGGGUGCAUGAGAGAAUGCACAUUAAAUUUUGAUCAGGAACAUAUAUUGUAAAGUACACCCUUUCUGUGUGUGCUGUAAAGCAUAACCUUUGUUACCUUUAUUUUGCUAUUGUUAUGUCUACCUAAAUACUAUUUGCCUUGGCUGGAUCCAAGCUUUAGAACUGAUGUAGCAUGCCGCCAACAUGUAAAAAUGUUCACUAUGGCUUUGUUUGUCAACAUUUGAUUAUUCUUUAAAAUAUUAAAACAGGUUGCAGGUAAAUUUGUGUAAGAUGGUCACAUAAACAUGCUUACUAGAGAGUAAAUCCCACUGAACUCACAGGGGCUUUCUUUUGAAUAAGCAUGCUUAAAAUUGCACUAUUAAGUCAAACAAUGGAUUACAACCUAUUAGGACUGCGAUCCUAUGAACUUUGCCAGAAAGCAAAUCCCAUUUAAAAGAGACCACAUGGUGUAGUAGUUUGAUUGCAGGAGUAAGACUCCAAGAGACCAGAGGCUAAAGCCCUGCUUUGCUACAGAAACUCACUGGAUAACCUCGGGUAAGUCACACUCUCACAGCCUUAGAGGCAGUAAUAAGAAACCUCCUCUGAAUAUAUAUUGCAUGAAAGCCCUAUAGUAAGCCUGAGCCAUCUUGAAGGCACAACACAAUGAAGGCCCAUUGAACUCAAUAGAAAAUACUUCUGAGUACAUCUUUUUGAGAUUGUACCGUAAACUGUAAAACUGCUUUCUUUUAAAUUUCAUACACAAUUGUAAUCCAGGCCACAAUACUAAAGCCACAUGUUUCUGGUUAUUCACACUGAACACAUAGAAAGUCUAGUGACUUCAGUUUUGAGGGCUUCUAUUAACAUUUUUUCCAUACUUCAAAAGCACAUGACAUUUUUAAAUAACUAAAAUGCUUGCUUGUGCCCUUUCUUUAAGAAAAAGAAAUAUGCAUUAUUCACGUCAAAAGUUUGCUGAUAUAUAGCUAUUUGCUUUAGCUGGGAGAAAUGUUGUGCUAUGUUUGGUUUACUGUGGUUGCAUUGAAUGCAAAUUAUCUUACAAAGACAUAUGGCACACUCUGUUCUCAGGAAAUAUGUAUUACAUGAAUGCUGGUUAAAUAUCUUUUUUGUAUUUCUGAAUACUUGUAUGUCCAAACAAUUACCAAUAUUAGUGGUAUGUGCAUGCAAGCUGCAUUUGUAGACCCUCCAAAGUUGCAGAGCUUCAGAACUAGCAUCCAAGCAAAAGAAGAAGAUUUAGAUCAUUUUGAUCUAUCCUCCAAUAAUUUUGGUCUAUGCAUGUUCUUUCAAACAGACUGCAUGAGCAGCUCCAGUCUGGCUUUCAAAAUACUACAGUUAAUGACUAGUUCAAAACAUCUUAAGUAUUACUAACUCAACUCGGUGUCUUGAUGCAAUCAAAAGGGACACUUGUUCCAGAAAUAAACAUUUGUUUACUAUUUGUUA